AUGGCGUCAACGGUUGCCACGUCCGAAUCCUACCCCUCGAACUUGCCCUUGACGCCACGCGACAGUGACAUUGAAGAUCCCACUGAGCCUGCUCAAAUGGCAGGGAGGAAACGGAACGCUACUGAGAUGGAAGAAGAGUCGAAUAAACAUGACAAGUUCAACUCCAGUGGCCAGCCACCCAAUGCGCCAGAGACCAUCGAGGCCGACAGUGGCCCUGAUUUCAUCAUCCAAUGUCCUGCUCUGCCGCAGCGACGUAACAAGAAGAUACUGAAUGACGAUGUCAUGAUCGAAAAGGCAGAUGCGCCAGCUCUCGCUCCGCACUUGACCAUAGAUUACGCAGUUCGCCCGGGGAAGAAAUGGUCUGACCUCUCCAGGUUUAAGAAUGCCAAAUUCAAGGAUCCUUUUGUCGUCAUCUACACGUCUGGUCAGAUUGUUUACGUAAAUCGUCAUAAUCCCAUCCCACCUGCUCCGGCGUCCGAUGCCACCGAGGACGAAAGACUACAGUAUGAUCAAGAAAACUUCUGGGUUGGUUUGAUAUCCGAAUUCAGAGCCGAGAGUCAAGAGAAAGUCUACGUCAAAGUGUUCUGGCUUUACUGGCCGGAUGAGCUACCAGGUGGCAGACAGCCAUACCACGGCAAACGAGAGCUAGUUCUCAGUAAUCAUGUGGACAUCAUCGAAGCCCAAACCAUUGCAACUCAUGCUGAAGUCAGCUUUUGGGAUGAGAACGAUGAUUCAAAUAAAACUAUACUUCAAGAGCGCUAUUGGAGGCAGACACUGGAUUUGAAGAAGGCGAGAGACGGUAAAAAUGCGCUGAGCAAGCUGCGAAAGUUUUGUAUAUGCGGCGGUUAUGAUAACCCCAGUGUCGACAUGUAUCAAUGUCACAAGCCUCAGAAAGGCUGUGGAACAUGGAAUCACCAAGCUUGCCUCUACAAAGAUCUGGAGGAGAGAGCCUGGGACAAGUUCUUGACCGGCACGUUGACGCAUGAAAGAGAGGAAGAGAAGACCUUGGGCGAGAAGGUUGGCGAAACACUUGGUAACUUGGUCAGACCGUUGGUUUCGUUAAGUGGUGAGAUCAAAGACAAGGACGCCCAUUCCGCAUCUCCAGCGAUCUCAGCCAGCAAGAAAACAAAGCUGACCCCUGGGAAGAAGGUCCCAUGGGCAGGCAAGUUACAAGCGGAGAUUGAAACCAUCGGAGGUGAGGUCCACCAUGCAACAGUCAGUCAACUGGUACCUACACCGGCCAGCAAGAACGCAUCACGAUUUCAACCGAAAGUCUGGAGGAUGAAAUUGAAAUGCCUGAAUUGUGGCGAGUCUCUGAAUUAA